AUGGCCUUUGACGGGGACUUCAGCUUCGUCCCCUGGGUUUUCAUGCGGGACGCUUGCAUCGAGGGGACGGACAGGCCCGAUUUGCGGUCGACUCUGGACAUCUCCACCUACCAGCAGCGGGAUAAGCCGGACCGAGUCGAGCGUUCUUGGGAGAAUGACAAGGUCCGAAGCCGCCUCAUGGAGCUGGACUACCAGGCGGCGUGGGUGCUCCACCAGACCGAGGCCGACAUAAUGGCUUGGGUCGCAGUGCUCGCCCUGACCUUGCACAACCACCCGGACCAGAAGGCGGGGCAAACAUGCUUUUCCUCUGUGCCGGCAGGCAAGGAGCAUCCGGGCCGACCUCCGCGCAAGGGCGAUAAAGGGGUCCGAGAGAGUGCUCCCCACCAGGCGAUGGUGGCCAGCGAGGAGCUCUGGCAGUCCAUGCCAGCUUUGGCCUGGUGCUUCUAUAAGCUGGGCUGGAGGGACUUCCAUGGGCUCGGGCAGUCUUCGCCCAAUGGGUCCGAUUACUGCCACGAGCAUGUGCCACACCUGCUCUCCGCCAUCAUUGGCACGGACCGAAGCGACGAGAGAUCGCGGCAAUUCCGCAACAUCUUCAGCUUCUACAACGAGAAGACCAUGAAGUUGAGGACCGAAGAGACCGUGCCCUUGGACUACAAGCUGGAUUACCGCGAUGGCUGGCCCGAUAUGAGCCAGGCCUGGAUGUGGCAGCGGUCCAGCUACGAGUCCUUCUACGGCGGUGGGCCGAAGGGCCGCAAGGGCAAGGGCAAGGGCAAGGGCAAGGGCAAGUCCGCCUGGGGCAAAAGCCAGCGCCGGUCCGAAGGCUUCAUCCCGCCCACCAACGACGGAGGCCAAAGCUCCACCGGCCAAGCCAGCGGCGCCCAAGCGUCCCAAG